AUGAUUUAUUAUAGAUAUUUUUCUAUUAAUAAGCAUCCGUUAACAAUUUAAGUAUUCCCUCUUUUGUUUCAAUUGAAGUUUUCUUAAUUGGUUCCCUUAAGAUGUUUACAUAAAUAUUUUUUUUAUAUCAUCAUCUAUUUAGAUGUGGAGAUUACUAAGGAAUUAAUUUAUAGCUCAAAUUUUAAAAGAACUUCAUUUUAUAAUAAAAUGUUCCAGGUAAGUUUGCAGAUAGAUGGGCUUCAAAAGGAAACAUAAAUGAGCCAACCUUAAGAUUAUCACCUAAAAAUGUUCAGGGAACCGCUUAAUUUAAUGAAAAUAUUUUUCCUUCAAGGUGAGCUCGCUUCGAUUCUUUCAUUAUUGGUUUGUAAUAAAGUUAUUUUGGAUUCAAUUAACAAAUUAAUAGCUGUAUCUAAUCCAGUUUCCCAACUUUUUUUUCUUUACCCAAAAUAAUAAGUUAAACUGAUUUUAUACGAAAUCCUUCUUUGGUUAUAUGAAGAUAAAUGUUGCCUUAGUAAAUCAAUUGAUUUAUUCAAUUAUUAAUUUAAACAACCCUAGCACUAUUGUUUUACUUAAAAAUAAAUUAAAUUGUGGAAAUACUUGUAAUAAUUUUGUUAAUAAUUUAUUUUGAACUGA